AUGCAAGUAAAUUUACAAAAACGUGAAAAUAUUCAAACUACGAUAUUAGCAUUAUUGCUUACACAAAAAGGAGGAUGCACUCUAAGGGAGUUGGAUAAUGAUUAUUUUCAAUUAGAAGGGAUGUAUAUACCAUGGAAAGAUUUAGGAUAUUCUUCUUUAUUAAGUUUUUUACGUAGUAUUCCAAAAGCAGUUAAAAUAGAAAAUAAGAACAAUACAAUUAUUGUGAAAGGUAUUGCAUCUGACAAAUCUAUACAUGUUAGUAAAUUAGUAGCUGGUCAAAAAAGUGUGAAACAAUUACCUGGAAGAAAAUCAUAUAAACCAAAUCAUUAUUUUCCCAUGACUGCUCCUCCUAGAAUCCAUGUAUCAGCUGAUAUAUUAAGUAAAAUAGUCAGUUUAGUUAAUGAUAAUCCAGAUGGCGUAAAUAAGGAUUAUAUACUUCAUGAAGUUCGUUCAUGUAUGCCUUUUGUAAACAUUACUAUGGAUGACAUAGAAAACCAGUUACAGGAAUUAUCACAUACGAUUUUUCAAAGAAAUAAUAAAAUUUAUCCAAUACAAACUAAAAUUGAGGAUUUGGAUCAUUUAAAAAGCAGUAACGAUAUGUCUUCCUCUGAACCUACUAUGGUAUCAAAUAAUAAACAGGUGUGCAAACCAUUAAUUGUAACUAUUGCUGGAGAUGAAAAUUUAGGUGAUAUGUUAAAUGUUGAUGAUGAAGAAAAUAUGUUUGAGUUUCCUUCUACCAAAACAUUUCAUUCUGAUCAUACAAAGUCAAUUACAAAGACCAAACCUACAUUUAGUUUUAUAGAGGAAUCUAUAUCUAAAUACCAGGAUCAAAUGGCAGAACAUAUAUCAAUACCAAAAGUUCAAUAUGAUAAUAAUAUUAAUCAAACUCAGGUGGAAUUUGAUAAUAUAAGAAGAGAUGAAGAAAGUCAAGUGUUUAACAAAGAUGUUAAAAUACUUAUAAAUGAAAGAAUGAAAUUUCGUUUAGAAAAACUUAUACAGAAUCACUUUGACGGAAUCUGGUGUUCUGAUUUACCAAAAAAAUAUUUAGAAGAAUAUAAAGUUCCUCUAAAUUAUGUAGAACUUGGUUUUAAUAGUGUCAGAGAAUUUGCAUCACAGUUACCUGAAAUCUUUCAUUGUAUUCAACCUUAUAGUACAGGAGAUUUCAUACUUUAUUAUGCAAAAAGAGAAUUGCCUUCAAAUAAAAUAAAAGAGAAAUGUAAAGCAAAUAAUAUUACAGAGUUGUAUCAUAUUUAUGAAACAAAUGAUGAAGAAGCACUUCCAGUAACAGUGUCACUUGAUACAUGUAAGGGAUUAAUACCAGAUAACGUAAUGAAUAUUGGAGAAAGUGUAGGUUACAUAAAUGUUGCAAACUUAAUACAAAAUAUAAAACCUUACAUAGAAGUUGUUGUUGUAGAAGUAUUUACACCCUCAUUCUUUUGGAUUCAACUCUAUAAAAAGCAAAAGAUAUUUAAAAAGUUUAUGGAUGAUUUACAUAAUUUCUACACAAUGGAAUAUAUGAAAUAUGUAAUUCCACCAGUUGUACUAGAAAAAGGUUUGAAUUGUGCAUGUAUAUAUAACGGAAUAUGGCAUAGGGGUAUAAUUAAGACUGUAAAACCAGAUUUUCAAGUUACUGUAAUGUUUUACGAUUAUGGUACAUUAAAAACAUAUCCUCCAGAAGCAAUAUAUUAUUUGCAUAGAAUGUUUUCCAAUUUACCAGCACAAGCAAUACCAUGUGGGUUAAUUAAUAUACGUCCAUAUCAAGGGUCUAAGUGGUCUCGUAACGCUACUCAUAAUUUUGCGAUAAGAACAUGCGAAAUACCUUUAAUUGCAAUAAUAGCAUCAAUUGAUGAAGAGGAUAAUUCAAUGUUGGUAAGUUUGACUGAUACAUUGGAGGAAGAAGAUGUACACAUUAAUGACUGGUUAGUUGAGCAAAAGUUAGCAGCCCAUGGAAAAAUGGAAGAUAAAGUUGAUAUGAAUAAUCUAUUACUUUAUGUGGAAGAAAAUUUAAUAUUUAGACCAGAGCAGUGUUAUGAAGAGAAAACUAAUAUAUUUAAUGAUAACAAUAUACCCUUGGUAUCACCGCAAAGUACUUUACAUGAAAAGUGCUUUCAGUCUUCAAAACCCAUUAUGUUUGAUGAACAAGAAAUAUUGCUAACAAAGAAGGAUAUUCAAGAUCAAAUUCUUCAGACUGAUUCAAUACCUUCUAUAUUUACCUUCAGUGAGAAUAAUACCAAUCCAUUUUUACAAGAUGAACCUCCUAAUGAUCAAAUUAAUAAUAAUAUAAGUCCUCAAGCAUUCAUGCAGUUAUGGAAAAAAAAUUUGCAAUUAGAAAUGCAAAUAAAUAUAAUACUUAAUAUACUUCAUAAAGUAAUAAAUGAUUCUGUAAAAAACGUAAAUGAUAAUAUAACAAAUGAUGAAAGUAUCUUAAAUGCGAUAAAAGGUGCACUUUUAUUAACUGAAAAUAAUUAUAGAGAAAAAGAUACUGUUACAAAUACUGAUUCAACGAAUGUUGAAUGUCAUCCAGAAUGUCUUACAAUUCCUGCAACAAGUGAGCAACCAAUAAUUACUACCUCGUAUAAUGGGGAUCAUGACUCAAAUGUUGGUAUUAAUCCCUUUCGAGAAACUAUUAUUCACAAUUUAGUUAAAAGUCAGAGUGUAAUGGAUUAUAAUACUUUAAUGCCUGUAAAUGAUGAUUUUGAUACAGUAAAUCAAUCCUUAUCGAAUCAUCUUCUGACAACCACAGAAAAUUCUGUAAAAAAUGAAUUGAUUUUAAAAGAAACAAAUCCUUUUAAACUUAGUUUAGCAGGUAAGUUACAUAUACCUGAUUCACCAGAAAAAGAUGACACACAUUUUAAUGAUUUGUUGUCUGUCCAACAUAAAAAUCAUAAGUCAGUUAUUGCAUCUAAUUUGAUACACUUUGAAGAUAAUGAUUUUAAAACUGAGUAUACAGACCAAAAUAUGUUAAAUAAUUGUAAAAACACAUUAUUUGAGCAUUAUCAACAUUUUACUCCUGAUAUUUCAAAUAACACAAGUAAUAUUAAAAAUGAUUCAUUUGCAUUAAAUGCAAAGUCUUUUAAUAAUAAGUGGAAUGUAGAUAAUAUUAUAAACACAGCACCCAAAAUUAUUAUCAGUGAUGAAUCAAUGCAACAGGCUGUUCACAAAAAAGAAAUGGAAAAACAUUGUUUUUCACCAUCAGAAGAAAACCUUAUGGAUAAUAGUUUACACUUUAUCGAGGAAUUAUACAAUCAAUUCAAUCAAUCUUUGUUUAUACAAGAUAAUGAUUUUGUAACAUCAAGAGAUGUUCCUAAUUGUGAAACUAUGAAUGAAAAUUUUACUUUUUCUCCGAAUUAUAAUGAAAAAGAUUCAAUACAUUCAUCUCCUUUUCAUACAUUAUGCUCAUCUUCAAUUAACUCAUCUUCAAUAAUGAAACAAAAUGAAAUACAAUGUAAUCAAACAUCAAUGACAAAUUCAGAUCAAUUAAACAGUGCAUCUAUUAAAUUAUGGAAUAAAACACCAAAAAAUACUACUCGAUUAAAAAAUUGCAGUACAAUUUGCUCUGUUCCUGAAAAUAAUGAAGAAAAAGUAAUAUGUAAUGAAGAUCAACAGAAAAAUAGUUUACAAAAUAACACUCCAGCAGAUACGGUAGAUUUUGAAGUAAAUACAAAUAAUAUAGGAACAAAGGAUACAUAUUCAAAGGAAACUAAAUUUAAAACUGUUGGGAAAGUCACAUACAUUCCUAAAUGUUCAUUUUUAAAUUAUCAAGUAUUCUUUCAAGUAGUUGAACUUCCUGAGGAGGUAAUGCAUAUAUUUUAUUACCAAGGAAUAGGAUGGUUGUUAAUUAAUGAAGUCAUUAAAGUGUUUUCUGAGUUAGAACUAACUUUAGACACAGUCAAGUUAGAACAUGUAUUAAAUACAAAUGCCCAAAUUAAAGAAAUUGAUAGAGCUGAGAAUUCAAUAAUAUUUAUACAAACUAACAGCGUAUCAUCAAAAGCAACAUAUAAUAUAAUAGAUGGUACUAAUCAACUAAGGUUGAUACCAUUAAAAUUAAUUUUGAAAGUAUUAUAUGAAUUGAAAAUUAUUUCACAGGAAGAUAUUAGUGAUAUUUAUCUACAUGAAAAGUUUAUAUGUAAUUCAACUGCACAUGUAAUUUGGUUAAUUACUAAUGCUUAUAGGCAUUUUAAAUAUUAUAUUGAAAAUGGGCAAUAG